AUGAAGACUGAGACUAUUAAUAAUCCAGGAACGCUCUACACGGUUCCUACUCUGAACAUCUCCAACUGUGUUACUGUCACUCUCACCGGUCAAAACUACGCUCUAUGGAAGAAUCAGUUGGAGACUUUCCUCGCCGGUCAAGGUCUGCUCGGGUUCGUUAAUGGAUCCAUCUCUGUUCCUCAAGCUACUGUCAAUGUCACUGGAACUGACGGCACUCCAUCGCAGAGGCUAAAUCCAGAAUAUCAGAGCGAGUAUCAGAACUGGGUCCGAACCGACUCUGUUGUCAACUGUUCGACGUCCUAUCAGGUAUGGAACACUCUGGCAAACCAUUUUAACAGAGUCUCCUCCUCUAGGUUGUUUGAGCUUCAACGAAAGUUGCAGACCAUAGAGAAGAAAGAUAGAACUAUGAUAGUGUAUCUCAGAGAACUUAAGAGUAUUUGUGACCAAUUAGCUUCAGUUGGUAGUCCUGUCACUGAGAAAAUGAAGAUAUUUGCUGCACUAAACGGGUUAGGACGUGAGUAUGAACCGAUCAAAACCACGAUCGAGAAUACUGUCGACUCUGUUCCUGGUCCAACUCUGGAUGAUGUAAUCCCGAAGAUUACAGGUUAUGAUGACCGACUUCAGUCCUACUUGGUCGAGAACUCGGUGACUCCACACCUCGCCUUCAAUGUGUCUCAACAAAAUAUUCCAGGGUAUUAUCAGCCUAACAGCAACAGAAGAGGCAGAGGAAAUGGUAGGUUCAAUAACAGCUAUCAAGCUGAUGACAUUCCAGCAGCCUUGACUGCGAUGCGUAUCACUGAUGUCACGGACCAACAUGGUCACGAAUGGCUGCCAGACUCAGGGUCCUCUGUUCAUGUUACGCCCUCUACUCAAGCUCUGCAUCACUCUCAACCAUACACAGGUUCCGAUUCAGUGAUGGUAGGCGAUGGUACGUUUCUUCCCAUUACUCACACAGGUUCCGCCAGUAUAGCUUCUACAUCAGGUAAUCUACCCUUGAAGGAUGUGCUUGUUUGUCCUAAUAUUGCUCGAUCACUGUUGUCUGUUUCAAUGACAAGGGCAAAGACUAAACAGCUUGCUGGAGCUGUUCAUUUGAUAUUUGAAGAUAUUUGGAGCAAAGAGAGCAUGAGAAUUUCUAUUGGAGAAGAUAUCUAUCAAGUCCAGCCUACUUUGAGUCUAAUUCAAGUCCAAGAAAGCCCAAAAUAA